AUGGAACGCUCUCGUGGUGGUUAUCGCGGCCGAUACCGUGAUCGACAUAAUAAUCAUGAUUUAAACGCUCGAAAUCAUUAUGAAGAACGGUUAUUACACAAAAAUUAUCGUCAACAUUCUUCGCAUGAUAAUGAUUACGAAAGUGAUUACGGUUUGAAAAAUCCAUCGAAUAAUAGUUAUAACUAUCGCUCAACACGUACAUCAUAUAAUUCCCGACCUGUUUCAUCACGCAAUAGUCCAUCCAGUCAUUAUCGUAAUCAUCGUACACAUGAUUAUUCAAUAUCAUCACAUCCGGCUCGUUCAUCAUCACCAUCUUCUCCCUCUGCCCGAAGAGCCAGUACUCAAUCAAAUUAUCAUGGUAGAUGGUCGCCAUCUUCCUCGCACUACGGUCGAUUGUCGAAUCAGUGGAAUACACAUUCAUCAAUGUUUGAUGAACAAUCAGCAUAUUCCAAUAGUCCAUCUUCCUAUCAUCCUUCGUUUUCGCAGCCAAAACACGCUGACAUAGAACGAAAUCGAUAUCCACCAUCAUCAACAGCACUUUAUUACCGUCGAAAUCACUCUCCAUCAAUCAUGUCUCCUUAUCGGAACGAUGAUCGAGCAUUAGAUUACAGGCCUCGAGAUUCGAAUCAUGAAAUUGACAGACAUAAUCACUACCGAUCUCCACCGCCUCGUUCAUUACCUCCUCCGUUUGUUGUGCGUUCCGAUUUACAUUCCGAACGGUAUGACAUGCCACCAAAUCGAUACCACGUCUCCUCGCAUGACAAUUUAACUUCAUCAUCUUUAUCUCGUCAUAAUCUAUAUCGAAGUUCGUCUAGUAUGUCUAUGUCUUCAUCUUCUCCGCAUACUCUGCGUGAGCAAUAUUCGCCGGAUAUGAAUUACCGUUUCGCAUCGGAUUUGAAAGAUUACGAAUAUUCAUCAUCCAUGGAUCAUCAAGAUAAUCUCUUACGAGACUAUCAUCCAUCGAAUCGUGCGCGUCCGAAUUUAAAACGUCCAAAUUCCAAUUACGAUGAUUAUGAACUCAUUCCAUCUAAACGAUCAACGAGACAAUAA